AUGAACAAAUAUUUGAAAUUCUGUUAAAAAUAUUUUGUAAGGAAAAUGUUGAAAAUGUUUAAGGCUGCAUAGGAUAUCUUUCAGAUGAUGGAAAUCAAAAAAAUUUUAAUAAUUUUUCAUUCAAGGAGAGAAGUUAACAUAAGUUGA